AGAUCCCUGUUGCUAGGAGACGCAAAUGCGUCCGGGGAGCUCAGCCUCACCCUCUGCCCGGCUCGCUUGCCCUGCGGUCAGAGAUCUAAGGUUUCCCGUCCAGCAGGUGUUCCAGAAGGCCUUUUCGGGGGCGUUUUCCUCAUAGAGUGUACCUCCUCUAAUGCUGGCUGAGACUGAGCCAGGAUCCUUGCCCAGAUCUAGUCUCCUAGGCAGCGAUGUCUAAGAAAGGGAAGAAAGCCAAGGUACCCCUGUCUGAAGAGGAGCAGCUGCUUCUGUUUCAGCAGAAGCUGCUGGCAGAGGAGGAGAUGGCCAAGAAGAAAGAGAGGCUUUUGAGCCAGUUCUUGAAGGACAAGCUGGCCAAGGAGGAACAAAACAGUGCUCUGAACCUUAAUAAGAUUAACACACAGUGGAGAACUGUCCUUCGGGAGGUCAAGAUGAGAGAGCUUCAUAAGGACAUCGAGAUCCUCAGUCAGACAUUCGAGCGAGUGGUGGACUGCAAGGAUAAUGUCAUCAAGUCUUUAGCCAAGGACCUGUCUGAAGCCGAGGAGCAGUAUGCCCAUGCUCUGCGCAGCCACCUGCACAAUGUUGACCAGCUCUUGGCCCUGCAGAGGGGCCGACUCAGCCUCCUCGAAGAAAGUUACAACAUGGAGCUGGAGGCCCUAACCAAAGAGUUUGAGACAGAAAGGAAGACAAUAAUUGACCAACAUGAAAAAGAGAUUCACUACCUACAAGAUGUCUUCAUGGCCAUGGAACAGAACUAUAUCGAUUCCGAGUAUGAAAGCAAGCUGGAGUUCCAGAGCAUGUGGGAUGAUCUCAAAAACAAGAAUUUAGAAGAGAAGCACUUUCUAAGACUGCAGCUGGAGAAUACAGUAGAAGAUCUGUGGAGAAGGUUCCAGGAAGCACUCAAGAAUUACACUGAUGCCACCGAGGACCGCAAGGUGGCCUUUGAGGCCCUGAAGGUGAAGGAUGAAAAGAGUUCCAAAGAGAUUGAGGCACAGAUGAAAAAAAUACAGAAACUACAGGACUCCAUAUUCACUUUAAAGAGCAAAAUCAUGAUGCACAGCCAUGAGAGUGAAGAUCAGAAUCAGUACAUUCGUAAUGACAAGGAAGUGGUCCUCGUACAACUGCGAAAACUUAAGGCCCAAAGGACUCAGAUCCGGGGAAUAUCGCAGGAAAACUUAGUGAAGCUCACCAUGGAAAGUAACGCUACUCUUAAGGCCCUGAAAAAGAUUGUUAAUAAGGGUGAAAAGAUCCUUAAGCUUGCUGAAAUAUGUAGGAAAUUUGAAACAGAGGAAGAAAAAGUGCUGCCUUUCUAUUCAUCUAUAUUGACUCCUGAGGAGCAGAUGUCGCUGGAGGAAAUUAACCCAGAAGAGCUGACUGAGGAGCUUGCAAAGGUGAUAGUGGACUACAGUGGGAUGGAAAAUUUCUGGAAAAGGUACAAUAAAGUGAGACUGGAGCAACUAAGCCUGCAACACAGACGUGGCCAGUUAUUAGAAAUCAACAGGAAACUACGGGAGAUGCUCAAGCAGUAUUUGGAUGGCAUCUCAGUGAGCGAUGAAGUGCUGAACCAGCUCAACCCACUCUUCAUCGUCAACCAUCGAAGCAACUUACCCCAGCCCAUACCCACACCUACCAUCCAGCCUGCUGAAAAACCAACCACUCACAAUGUCAUUGAAGCAGCCCAUGUGAUCUCCCACAUCUUGUGAUACAAAAAAAAAUAUCUUUUCAACCCCCACAGAAUUUUUUGAGACCUUAGGACUCAACUAUUAAAAAUUUCCAUGGAAUUUA